AUGUUUCUUUCCAAAUACGGCAUUUCACAGCCACUGGAACAGAACAUCUUUUUCUGGUUUUUUGAAAGUCGAACCAAUGCCACGAUUGAUCCUCUCACCGUCUACCUGAACGGUGGUCCUGGCGCUGCAAGUAGUGGGUUUUGUGAUGUGCAAACUUUGCAGCUUAGUCCUGACAUGUACAAGCUAGAGCGGUCUUUCGAGAACACGGCCCCUGUAAAGUUGAUGCCGAUAGUGCAAGUACGAGACUUAACCCCUGGUCAUGGAAUGGCAGAUCGAAUAUGCUUUAUGUCGACCAGCCGGGCAAUGCGGGUGAAUAUCUUUGUCAUCUCCCUAUACGAAUAUUUGUAUUGGCAGCUGAUCGGAGCACUCAAACUAGGGUUUAGCUAUGAUAUACCUCGAAAUGCAACGUUCAGCCUCCAGGAGCCGCGGAUAAUCUUCGAUACACAUAAAUUUUCUUCGUCAGACCAAAUCCCCGGCGUGUCUUUUGGUACCGUGGGAGCGGGAUCCAAUGAUAUCGAUAAUGCGAUCAACUCGACCGAAAGCGUCACUCGCCUGCUGUGGGAGUUUCUCCAGAUUUGGCUAACAGACUUCCCGGAGUAUGCCUCCUCGGAAAUUGAGAAGCUCAACAUUUGGACGUCCUCGUACGGUGGACACUAUGGCCCUGCCCUGGCCAGAUCUAUUCAUAUAGAUACGUUAGGUCUAACAAAUACAUGUAUUGACAUUGCGGUCCAGCUACCCUUUUAUCCUGAAAUGGCCUUUUGGAACACAUACGAUAUCAAGCUUAUCAACCGAAGCGCCUAUAACACGGCUAUCCAAAGCCUUGAUGGUCCGCAGGGUUGUCUUGCGAAGUUGCAGAAAUGUCGACAGACUAUUCAACGGCCAGACUUUGGUCAUGACCCGGUCACAAAUAGGGUCUGUCGGGACGCCAACCAUUACUGCGGUAAGCGUGUUGCAGGGAUCAUCAGCAAGAGUGGCAGGAAUAUUUUUGAUAUAGCGUAUCCAUCGGAAAUACUCACUGAUCCUUUGAUUUCAACCAAUCUGGGAUACAGUCGCCAGGCAUGGGUACAGCAGGCUCUGGGUUCACCAGUGAAUUACUCCAUCAACGCAGAUGCAGUCACCCAUGCUUUUGCCCGUACUGGCGAUAAUGCCAAAGGAGGCAGCAUGGAAGCUCUUGCCGAGCUCCUCGACUCUGGCGUCAAGGUAGCCAUGGUAUACGGCGACAGAGACUUUGCGUGCAAUUGGCUUGGAGGAGAAGCUGUCUCUGUCAGUAUCGAACAUCAAUACCAAAGGGCCUUUCAAAGUGCAGGAUAUCAGACCAUGAUGAAGGAUGGCUCUCCACUUACUGCACAUGUCCGUCAGCAUGGAAACCUCUCUUUCAUACGGGUGCUUGAUGCAGCACACGGGGUUGCGGCUAAUCAGCCCGAAAUCGCAUAUGAAUUAUUCAACCGCGCAAACGAAGGACUGGAUAUUACGACGGGGUCUGUUCAGACCACGUCUUUCCAAUCCCCAGAAUCCGUUAUCUACACUACGACGGGUCCAAAUUCUACUCGUGGAAUCCGCAAUGUCUCACCAAGCAUUCCGCCUGCCCCAGAAUCCAAUCAGACCAUGUGGGAAUAUUACGAAACCUUGGGCUGA